AUGAGAGCCGGGAGCGAGGAACAAGAGCGUCCUCGCAGAAGCCAUGAGUCGCUGAUUGCCACCGCAAUGCGAUUGCUGGGUGAGCAGGCGAGGGGCGAUCAGAUUGCCCUCCUGGCGAUGUUGCUCCAGGAGAAAGAGAUGGAGAAGGAGUUUGAGAUACAGCUAGUGAUGAAGGACAGGGACAUGGCGCAUGCCAUCCAAAUCAACAAGUUCAAGCGUCAGUUGUCCUACGUCACUCAGAGGCUGCUGCUCGCCAAUCAUAAGCUACGGAUAGCAGCAUGGGAGUACGUGGGACUGCCUCGAUGGCUCCAAUUGCCUCAUUUCGAUGAGAGCCCGGAGCUCCUCUGCGGCAUCUUGUCGGAAGCGAUGCACUCUCCCAACGGAGCUUACGUGUACAUAUCAGAUCAGGCGCCUGCAGUGGAGGCAAAAUUCUUCAAGAAUCUCGCCAGGGUGUUUCGAAAGGAGCUAGAGACCUACAACCAGGACUUGGCAGAGCAAGGAAUACAGGAGGAGGUAGUCGAGGCUCGCCGAACACGAUCAAGUAGGUGCUCGGAUCCUCCCAGAAACAAGGGUCAUCAAUCCAAACCUCUCUCUCUGCGUCGAAAGUCAUAG